AUGGAUACUAGUCAAAUCAUUUUAUUGGAAGAUGAAUUGAAUGGUUGCAUAGCUGAUCAACAAGAGAAGGCUCAAGUAGAACCUACUCAUGGAAGCCCAAACAAAUCAAAUACUCCAAGUAAAUAUAGCAAAGAAAUUGUAGAAGUUCCAGAAAUUGUGUUGGAAGAUGAAUUCAUUGAUUGGAUACUUGAUCAACAAGAGAAGGCUAAAGUAGAAAUUACUCCUGGAAGUCCAAACAAAUCAAAUACUCCAGCAAUUGGUAUGAAAUUUGAUUGUGAUGAUAGUGCAUAUGAAUUUUACAAAGACUAUGCUCACCGAAUCGGCUUUAGUGUACGGAAACAUUCUGUAAAGCGAGGAAAUGUGGGGCAAAUUAUACGGAGAACAUUUAGUUGCUCAAAAGAGGGUGAACGAGUUUUUGACAAACGUCGCGAAAAUGCAUCUUAUCGCCGUCCAAUUUCACGAACAGGUUGUUUAGCACAGAUGACCUGUCAUCUUCAAAAGGAUGGCAUGUUACAUGUUGUUUCUUUUCAUGGCCAGCAUAAUCAUGAGUUUGCUCCUUCGCCAAUGAAACAUAUGUUAAGAUCGAAGAGAAAAAUUUCACUUGCUCAAAAAGCCAUUGCAAAUGAUGCAGAGAGGUCUGGAAUAUCAAUAAAACAAACCAUUGAAUUAUUGAGCAUGCAAGCUGGGGGUCGUGAAAAUCUUGGGUUUAUGGAGGUUGACUAUAAGAAUCAUGUACAUAAUGAGAGGAGGAUGGCUUUGAGGAAAGGAGAUGGACCUGCAAUGAUGGAGUUCUUUCAUAAGAUGCAAUUGGUAGAUCCAUCUUAUUUUUAUUCAAUACAAGUUGAUGAUGAUGGUCAAAUCAUGAACAUUUUUUGGGCUGAUACUAGAUCAAUAGUUGAUUAUGGGAACUUUGGAGAUAUUAUUUGUUUUGACACAACUUAUCGAACAAAUAGAUAUGAUCGUCCCUUUGCUCCAUUCGUUGGGGUUAAUCAUCACAAACAAUCAAUUAUCUUCGGUGCAGCUUUACUUUAUGAUGAGACUAUAGAGUCAUUUAAGUGGUUGUUUGAAACUUUUUUAACUGCAAUGUCAGGAAAGCAGCCAAGAACUAUACUUACAGAUCAAUCUGCUGCAAUGGCUAAAGCAAUAACAGAGGUAUUUCCUAAAUCUAAUCAUCGUUUGUGUGUAUGGCAUAUUUAUCAGAAUGCUGCUAAGAAUCUACAUCAUGUAUUUCAUUCAUCUAAGCAAUUUGCAAAAGAUUUUAGUGAUUGUUUAUACGAGUAUGAAGAUGAAGAUGAAUGGCUUAUUUCAUGGGAUUAUAUGCUUAAGGAAUAUGGUCUUACUGAUAAUAAAUGGUUGCAUAGCAUAUUUGAUGUGAAAGAAAAAUGGGCUAUUGUAUAUGGUCGACACAUGUUCACUGCCGAUAUGAAAAGCACCCAACGUAGUGAGUCAAUAAACAAUGUGUUGAAGAAAUAUUUAAAACCAAAACAUGAUUUUGUGCGCUUUUCAGAACAUUACUCUAGAGUUUUGGUUGAUAAGAGACAUCAAGAACUACAGGCAGAGUUCAAAAUGAGGCAAACAAAACCGAUUUUACAGUCUAAUGUAGAGAUGUUGAGACAUGUUGUAGAGCUGUACUCCCCAGAAAAUUUUCAAAUGUUUCAAGAUGAAUAUAUGAAGAUUGCUGAUUGUACUAUUUACAAGGCUAAUAAAUCUGAUACUAUCACAGAAUACAAGGUCAAAUAUAGUCAAAGAAUUCAAGAGCACCUAGUUAAAUAUGAAGCCUCAACUACUUCGGUGGAAUGCAGUUGCAAGAAGUUUAGCUUUGUAGGAAUUCUGUGUGCCCAUGCUUUGAAAGUUCUUGAACAUAAAAAUGUUAAGAGACUUCCCGUUCAUUAUGUAUUGAAAAGAUGGACGCAAGAUGCAAAGGCUGGUUCUAUCAAGGACUAUCAUGGCAUUGAUAUUAAAGGUAAUGCUCAAGAGUCAAUAGGAAAACGCUACUCUUAUUUGAGCCAUAAUGCUCGUGAAAUUUCUACACUUGCAGCAGAGAAUGAGAUAAUGUAUGAACAUACCAAAGAAUCUUUUGAAAAAUUAAUGAAGGAAUUGCAAGAGAUUAGAAAAAAAUGUCAUUCGAAUAAUAUGGAAAGUUGCAUAGAGGUCCAUGGUGAUGUUACUACAGAUGUUUUACAAGGUGAUAGCAUAUGUAGAAUUAAAACAAAACCUACUGUUGGGCGUCCAAAGAGAAGGUUGAAAUCUGCAUUAGAGAAGAAAAAUGGUAAAUCUCGAAGCAAAACAACACAUGCUAAAAAAUAUGCCAGUGGCUUACAAAAAAAAGAUUGUGAGGCGAGAGAAGUUGAAUCACUUGGAAGCCUAAAAAAAGUUUCAAUAGCUACUUCUGAUGUUAUCCAAGAAGAGCAUCAUACUGGCAAAAGCACUAAAUAG